CCUGUGUCAUCUAUGAUUCUCUCUCGUAAAUUUGGAUAUUUUUUAAGAAAUCAUAGAAUUUACAAAGCAAUUAGAAUGGUAUUUGCUUGCCAAAAGGAUUCAUUCCUACAAGAAUACAACACCACUGUGGUCUCAUGUGAAAGUACAAAACUUGGAGAUAAAGAUGCGUUCGAAGUUGUUCUCCAAGACACCAUUCUUUUCCCAGAAGGAGGAGGACAGCCAGACGACAGAGGAACUAUCAAUGGGAUUGAAGUGAUGAAGAUAACUAGAAGGCAAGAGGAAGCUGUACAUUUUGUACAAGAAAAAAUCCCAGUUGGGACAGAAGUUCAGCUGAAGGUUGACUGGACAAGACGCUUUGAUCACAUGCAGCAGCACUCAGGGCAGCAUUUGAUAUCAGCUUUGCUGGAGAACAAAUUUGGGUAUAAAACAGUAUCAUGGGAAUUAGGAAGACAAAAAUCUCAUGUUGAGUUGAACUGUAAGAGUUUAAGCAAAGAGGAAAUGGCUUGGAUAGAAGACACUGCCAAUGCAGAAAUCAGAAAACAUGUUCCUGUCAACGUACAUAUAUAUGCCAAUAAGAAUGCACCUGAACUUGAGGAGGCACAGACAAGAGGGCUACCAGAUGACUACAAUGGCCCCAUUAGAGUCAUUGAGAUUGAAGGUAUUGAUAAGAAUAUGUGCUGUGGAACUCAUGUGCCCAAUCUUAGCUAUAUCCAGGCAGUGAAGCUCUUCCCUGACACUGAGGCAAUGCGUGGAGGAUGCCGUCUGUAUUUUCUUGUUGGAGAUAGAGUAUUCAAGCAUCUUGACAGGGCAAUGGAGAAUGAACGAAUACUAUCAAAGAGUUUGAGCUGCGGUCCAGAUGAACACACAGGUGCUGUGGAGCGCAUACAGAACUCUAUCAGGUCUUCAAAUAAGAUAUUAAGAUCUCAACUGAAAGAGAUUGCUCAGCUGGAGGGAUAUAAAAUAAAGUCAACUUCUGAUGGCAAGAGAUUUAUAUACAUACACAGAGAGAAUGGUGACAUGGAUUACAUGAACUCAGUAUCCAAUGAACUGGCUGAUUUGGGUGUCCCACUUCUUAUCACAGUAGGGCCUGAUAAGGGACCUGGUCAAUUCCUAUUUAUUGGGACAGAAAAACAGGUUGCAGAACUUGGACCAAAGAUAUCAUCACUACUGGAUGGUAAGGGUGGAGGAAAGAAAACAAGAUUUCAAGGCAAAGUAAAUACCUUAAAACCAAAGAUAAGGAAAAGUGUAGAUCAAUUGCUCAACGAAUUUACUUCCUUGUCGAUCAAGACCAACGAAAACGGUGAUUGAGUCAUAGUUAAUGAAGCAGAAUGGUUAGGAAACCUAUUGUUCUAUGUUUUUGUUCGUCUUUAUCCAUUGUUAUAUGAUGUUGACAGUGCACAGUGAAGGAAGUUUCUCCAUUUGUUCACAGUAUUAGGGAAUAUAAAAGGUUUUUACCCUUAAAAAUCGUUCUAAAAUACGUAUUAUUUGUUAAUUAAUCCUAUGUGAUUAAUAUUAAUUGUUUAUUGAAAAUGAAAUUGCCCUUUUUAAUGCUUUCUUAUUUAUCAUCUAGUAACUUAACUGUAUCUGCGCAGAAAUAUUUAUACCCAUGGUUUGUGGUCAUGGAAUGAAAGUUUUUACUUUCAAAAUGUCCAUACAUGAAAAUAAUAAGGAAAUGAGCAUUUUCAGCCAUACUUGCUUUGGUUCAUUGUGCACCGUCAGUAACACGUGAUGGUACGAUUCAACAUCAAAGGUAAAACAAUGGCUUUGUGUAUGGAGUUUCCAAACCAUUCCACUCCAUUAACUAUGAUUGAAUCCCUGGCGAUUAUGUAAUAAGUUUUAAUAACAAACUCAAAUCUACAGAAUAUAGAACUUGCCAAAUUUGAAACUCAUGCAUAUUAGUAAUUUGUAGAUGUCAAUUUUUCAGGUAAUGUCGUAAAUAAAUAUGCUAGUCAUCAGAAA